AUGACCCUGCGCUACGGCGUCAUCGGCACCGGCAUGAUGGGCCAGGAGCACAUCCGCAACAUAGCGCUUCUGGAGGGCGCGACCGUCGCCGCCAUCGCCGACACGCGUGACGAGAUGCGCCAGGCCGGUCUCGCCGCCGCGCAGACCGCCGGCAUGACCGGUGUGGCCGCAUACGCCGAUCACGCAACACUGCUAUCAUCCGAAACCAUCGACGCGCUGAUCGUCGUCAGUCCCAACGACACCCAUUACGACAUCAUGCUGGAUGCCCUGGCGACCGGCCUGCCCAUCCUGCUCGAAAAGCCUUCGGCCACAUCGGCCGAAAGGGCGCGCGAUCUGGCGCGCCGCGCCCACAACCGGCACGCGCCGGUGUGGGUGGCGAUGGAAUACCGGUACAUGCCGCCCGUCGCCCGGCUGAUCGAGGAAACGCGCAACGGCACCGCAGGCGAUCUCAAGAUGAUCUCGAUCGUCGAGCACCGCUAUCCGUUUCUGGUCAAGCCGGGAAACUGGAACCGCUUUUCCCACCGGUCCGGCGGCACGAUGGUGGAGAAAUGCUGCCACUUCUUCGAUCUGAUGCGGCUGAUCACGCAGGCCGAGCCGGUGCGCAUCUUCGGUUCGGGCGGCCACGAUCUCAACCAUCGCGACGAGGUUCAUGACGAGGGCGUCCCCGACGUGCUCGACAACGCCUUCGUCAUCGUCGAUUUCGACAAUGGCAUGCGCGCAUCCCUUGAUCUGUGCAUGUUCGCCGAAGGCUCCUGGUGGCAGGAGCACGUCUCGGUGACCGGUUCGGCGGGCAAGAUCGAGGCGAUGGUGCCUGGCCCGUCGCGUUUCUGGCCGGGCGGCGGCGAACGCGCCUCGGAAAUCGUGAUUUCCCCACGCGCGGACAAGGCGCCGUUGCGCGAGGAAAUCCAUGUGGACGAUCAGGUGCUCGCCGCCGGCGACCAUCAUGGCGGUACCUUCUACCAGCAUCGCGAGUUUGCCCGCAUCGUUCGCGAGGGCGGCAAGCCCGAUGUGAGCUUGACGGACGGGGCGCGCGCGGUGGAGAUGGGCGAAGCCGCCGAACGGUCGAUCCGGAACGGCGAGAUCGUGCAUCUGGGGGACGCGCCAUCAUGA